AUUGUUGGAUAGCGUUCAACGCCUGGCUUGAAUGGUGCAUUGCGAGGGAUGUCGGUGCGAAGACGACAGCUACCCCAUAGUAGACAACAAGACCUGCGCGGAGACUAAGCCCUAGUUCCGGUCUCCCUGUAUUAUGCUUUAGUUUCAGUUGCUACACAAUUUAGCGAUUUCGGGAGCCUUCCUGCUGCUUGGCGGGUCCUUGUUGAGGAGCUAGUAUAUAAUGGAUUUCUUUCGCAGACGGAGGCGCCUUGUCCUGGGAGUCGCGGCUGGGGCCACAGGGGCUGCAGCAGCAUAUUACUGGUGGUAUACCUACACAAAGACCAAGCUACUGCAGCUGCAGCAGCAACGAAGCGUGGAGCGGGAGCUCAGCGCGCUGCUGCAGGGAAACGAUCGCGUUUCAGAUUCGCGAGACGCCGAUGGGGAGGACGACACGGAUGAGGGGGCUGACGACUGCGGCUCGCCGGACCUUGACGAGUCGCUUGACAGCCACUUCAAAUUCAUUCAAAAUGUCUCCGCGCCGCAGGAGCUCACAAGUCUGUUACCGCGGAUGCAAGCAACGCUGUUCAGGUUGACGGACGUGUCACUCGUGAAGCAGCAGCAACAGCAGCUGCUGGCGGCGGGUGUUGCGCCGGGGGGGCCGCAGCAGCAGCUCCGGCUGCUGGCGCGGCUGUGCUUCGGACGCACGGUGGCGGCGGCGUUUGCGCUGCCGCUCAUGGAUCUCUGCGUGCGUGCCAAGCUCAACAUCAUUGGCCGUCAUCUGUUCCUGCAGGAGAAGUUCUGCAAGCUCCGGCCGCCAACCGCCGCAACGACCCGCAUGCGGAUGCCCCCGCGCCUGACCGCUGCCGCCGUGGAGUCCUUCCUCGCAUGCGAGCAGCUGGCGGAGAGGGGCUGCUACUGGCUGGUGGAGCAGGCCAUGUUUGCGGCGGAUCGGGUGCUCGAAGGCGUCCCACUGGAUGCCAGCGUCACUCCCGAGGGCCUAGCAGCUCUGGUGCAGGACGUGGCUCUAGCGCUAGGCAGCGCGGUUGCCGCCGCCGCCGCCACCUCCGCCACCGGGAGCGCCUGGGUGGACGCGGUGGUGGGGCCGCAUAGCGGAGCCGUAGCGGCGGCGGUGGGCGUGGAGGCGGGGGUGGCGGCGGGCAGCGCAGAGGCCUACCGGCGGGCCCUUGCCAACGCGGCAAUGGUGGAGGAGCUGGAAUCGGAGCUGCGGAGGGUGCUGUGCAACUACCGGUUCAGUGAGGCGCUGCAUGCGGCCGUGGGGCAGUGCCUGGCCACCUGCGCGGCACACAUCCACGCCACCUUCAUAUCCCAGGCCGCCGCGGCCGUCCAGCAGCAACAACAACAACUGGAGAAGCAGCAGCAACAAGGGGAGCAGGAGCAGCCGCAACCGCAACCACAGCAGCAACCCGAGCAAGCACCGCAAGAGCAAGGGCAGGAACAGGAGCAGACGGGACAGGAUGCGGGUCAGGAGCCUGCGCAGCUGGAGGCCCCCCAGCCACCGCAAUCUUCAAUCGAAGCAACCUGCCCUUGCGAGCAGACCGGCCAACCCACCCUGCCCGCCUCCGGCUCCUCCUCCUCAUCCUCUGAAGCACCCUCCUCACCCUGGCAGCCGUCCUCUUCCGCACAACCCACAUCGGAAUCCGCCACAGAAGCUGAGGCCGUUGCAGCGCCGCCACCCCAAGAAGUCGAUGACCCGGCAACCACCGUCGGGCAACACGAGAGCCCGGCUAAGGGUGACAGCGGGCAUGGCGGCGAGGAGGAGACGUCCUCAGCCUAUGCCACCGCCACCGAGGGCGGCGCACGGACGGCUUGCUCCUCCUCCAUAGCCCUAGCCGCCACGGAAUCAUCCGCAGCGACUACGCCGUCGCAGUCUCCACCGCCGGCGGCGCCGCCCCGGUCGCCGGGGGCAACCGGCGGCGGCGCCAUGGCGUCACUGACAGCUGCCGCUGUAGCCGCCAUGCAGCCCCGCCCGCUGGCUCGCUGCUUGAGGGCUGUGCAGGGCGCAUGCGAGCCGCUGUUCGUGGACGCCACUGAGGUUUCGGAGCGCAUCGCUUGCCUGCCUGAGGUCAUGUCGUUAUGUGCUGUAGCGUUUGCAUCCCCCCUAGAGCUUUGAGGUUGGUGGGGAGGGGUUUCGCUCGCUUGUGUUGCUGCGUUGCUGGCGGGUGACGGCAUGUUGGGUUGUGGUGGCAGCCGUAGGGAGUUGGCUGCAUGGGGGAGGUCGGGGCUUGUGAGCAAUGCAACGAGUAUGGUUGCUGCUGCGUUAACUGUUGAGCUGUUGGGAACAAUCAAUCCCAAGUGCUGAAGAGAAGAACGGUUUAACAGCUUCAUCUGUAGGUCGCGCGUUGUGCCUUGCCUUGUGCGUUGGCGAUCGGGAGUUUGGACGACGAUCGAUUUUGUAGAAGCGGCAAAGCAACGGCCUGUGGAGAUUGGGUGCGUGGUCGGAGAAGAUGAGACAGACUAGUUCGAAGAGGAGACGAUGUAGUAUAUGAGGAUGUAGCGGAUUUAUGACUUGGAACUUGGAACUUGACGGCGCAUCGUUUCGCAGGUAUCGUAUGGCCGUUUCAGCGCACCGGGUGUCGGUUAGCUAGGUUGGGC